GAUCUUUCUCUUCUUGUUUUUUUGUUUUCUUUUUUUUUUAAUGUGAGUCAUCGCCCUCCACUCCAGUUAUUUGUUACUGUGCGCGUUAUGAAGUUAGAUAAGUAAACAACGUCGACAAUAGUAACAAUCUUGACACGUCGGACGUCAUUUUUCAUUCCGGUUCUUUCACCGAUCAUCCGAAUCGCCAUUUCGAACCGAUUGCCGUUAUUGUAUACGCCAUUAUGAGAGGAAACGAAUGUUACCAUUACUUUAUCUUUGGCCCCUUCCGAUCGAUAUAGAAUUUGUUAAAUUAAUAACGAAUUUAUUUAUAUUGGCGAAUCGAGGCAACGUUUCCCGAAGCGUCGUAACAACUUUUCUGACAUCCGUCAACGUCACACAGUAGUAGCAGACACCUGAAAAGCAGUCACCACAAUAUGGCCGACUCUCAUAUGAAUUAUUAUCCUGAUAGAAAUACAAAUAUGAAACAUUACAUUCCAUAUCCCGAUGGCGUUUAUACUCAGGAAGAACUUCCGGAAGUAGAAGAGUCAUACAGUAUGACUUAUCGAACGUCCACUUCAACUAACGGUCACGGAGAUAACGAAUCUCCAGAUUGUCAGAAUGUAGGAAAAAAUGCACAUUUGAUCAGUCGUACCACAUCUCAAACAAAGACACAACAAGUGAAAACUGUAACAAAAGUAGUGAGUACUCGUAAAGUUCAGCACAUAGGACCAGACGGCCAACCAAUGGAAUAUUCUCCGUAUGAUAAUGCUCCGGUGAAUUCUGAGGAAUAUGAAAAUUAUCCAUAUUCUACAAGUGACAUUCCAUCAAAUUACGAUACUUAUGAUUCAGGUCGACCACCAAGCCCAGCAGGACAAGUACCACCUCAGAAUUAUCACCCUGAUUAUGGUAAUUAUGGUAGAAUAUCAUCUCCACCAGUUGAAAAAAAUUGCGAAAUGUAUCAUUCUCAAAGUGGUCAAAAUUAUGCUGAAUAUGGGUAUCAGAGAUGUCCUCCUCCGUCCUUAGAACAUGGGUCUGCACAUAGAGCAAUGCCUCAAGUUCCCAGAAUUGGCAUCGAUUAUACACAGCAUCCAUGUAGUUAUGAAGAAUUGGAUUCUCUUUCACCAAAUGCAGCUGAUUAUCAAGGUAGAUAUAAGAAUGAUCAAUUUGGAUACAAUCCAUAUGAAACUAGUCCAUUACCACAGAGUUACUUGGAUCACAGACCAAGCUAUGAUGACCAUCCUUCCAAUCAUCAUCCCAACACACAUCCAGCUGCUACUUAUGCAUCACCCUCAAAAGAGUUCGAAGGUGAAAUGCUUCCUUGUGAUGGACACAUUAAUCAACCUCACAACACAACUAUUGAUGAAAAUGGAAGAGAAAUGAUGUGGAGAUAUCCGGAUCUUCACGAAGUUAUAGAAUUUUUAAAUCAUCCAAAUAACGUUAUAAGAGCAAAUGCUGCUGCUUAUUUACAACAUUUAUGUUACAUGAAUGAUUCUACAAAACAAAAAACAAGAGCUUUAGGAGGAAUUCCUCCACUGAUCGAUUUACUAAAUCAGGACAUUCCGGAAAUUCAGAAAAAUGCCUGCGGCGCGCUGAGAAAUCUUUCGUUUGGACGGCAAAACGACGAAAAUAAGAGAGCAAUCUGUAAUUCUGGUGGAAUUCCUGCCUUAAUCCAUUUAUUAAGAAAAACACCCGACAGUGAAAUUCGCGAUUUAGUGACUGGUGUCUUGUGGAAUUUAUCUUCUUCUGAAGAUUUAAAAAGGAUAAUUAUAGAUGAUUGUUUGCACGUACUUGUAAAUCACAUUAUUAUUCCACACUCGGGAUGGGAUAAGAACGAAGAUCAAAAUCGCAUGAAGUCUCACGAAAUACACUGGUCUACUGUUUUCCGAAAUGCCAGUGGUGUAAUAAGAAAUGUGAGUUCAGCAGGCGAGUAUGCUAGGCAGAGACUUAGAGCAUGUGAGGGGUUAGUUGAUGCACUCCUCCAUUUAGUUGGUUCGGCUAUUGGAAAAAAUGAUAUAGAUAAUAAGUGUGUUGAGAACUGUGUUUGCAUAUUAAGAAAUUUAUCGUAUCGUUGUCAAGAAGUGGAGGAUCCAGAAUAUGAAAAGCAUCAUUUGACAUCCUUGCAUUCUAGUCUUCCCAUCAAAUCUGUCGGAGAUAAUUUAGGAUGUUUUGGUGCUAACAAGAAGAAAAAAGAAAUCGCGAACGUAGAUAAGAGGAAAACUAAUUCCAGAAAUGCAACAAAUUUAUCGCCUACUUCCGAGCCGGUCAGAGGAAUGGAACGUCUCUGGCAACCGGAAGUAGUUCAGAUCUAUUUGGCGCUUUUAUCAGACUGCUCCAAUCAAGCCACGUUAGAGGCGGCAGCAGGAUCGAUUCAAAACUUGGCAGCGUGUUAUUGGCAGCCUAGUAUCGACAUCAGAGCAACGGUUAGAAAAGAGAAAGGUCUUCCAAUCCUUAUAGAGUUAUUAAAAAUGGAUGAAGACAGAGUCGUCUGUGCCGUUGCUACAGCUCUGCGAAAUCUUGCAAUGGAUCAAAGAAACAAGGAAUUAAUAGGCAAGCAUGCAAUGAGAGAUCUCAUUCAAAAAUUACCAAGCAGUGCAUCUCAGCAAAUUGCAUCGGACGAUACAAUUGCAGCAAUCUUAGCAACAUUAAACGAAGUAAUUGUCAGAAAUAGUGACUUCGCUUACACUUUACUGGAAGCGGGAGGAGUCGAAAGAUUAAUGUAUAUAAUGAAUCAAAAAGGCAGAUUUUCCUCGAGGAUUAUUAAGUUUACAUCUGAGUCGUUGUAUAAUUUGUGGCAACAUCAAGAACUUCGAGAAGCUUACAGAAAAGUAGGAUGGAGAGAAUGUCAUUUCAUUAACAAAACAUCACUUUCCAGAAAUGCAUCGUCUCCCAUGAACAGUUUCAAUAGUUCGCUCAGUUGCCCCGUUAGCUCCCAAAGCGGAACAAAAUACGAAGACAAAACACUUCCCAGAGGACAGGAAUUAAAUUCUAUAUCACCCGGUAUAAGAAUUUUUAUUAUUAUUUUUUUGGUUUAUAAAUUUAUAUAUACCAUACAGUUUCAGAAACAGUUGAAUUUUGUCAGAGAUUUCACUUCUUAUCACUAUAAUUUAACUCCAAAUGAUUUUAAAUUUUGUACAGUAAUAUAAACAAAAAGUUUUGAAAC